AUGGAGUCAGUGUCUGAAGCAUUUCAAAACGCAGAGGGUCCAAACGUGGAAGAUGAGUUCGACGAAGAAGCCGUGGAGAGAGACGCGUUCGAAAUCGAACAGCUGGUAGAUAACUACGUCAACGAGCCUUCAAUUCGACAUGAUGAGAUUCCAGAAAGUGAUAGUGAUGACAGCGAUAACGAGGGUAACAAGAGUGAGAAAGUUUCGAAACAGAAGUCAAGCAACCCUGUGAGGCGUGGUAACGGGAUAUUGUACAAGGAUCAAAGAUUCUUCAAUGGAGUGGCUUUUAAGGAGUGUGUCCUUGAUUACGCACUCAGAACAGGUCGUAAUAUCAAACAGUACAGGUAUGAUAAAGAUAAGAUUGGAUUUAAAUGUGUUGGUGGAUUGAGUGAAGAUGAAGGUGAAGCUUGUGAAUGGAAAGUAUAUGCAUCUGUGCUUCCUAGUGACAAUAUAUGGAAAGUUAGGGUCUUUGUAGAAAAGCAUAGCUGUGUUCCUAAUGGAUCAUGUGAGAUGUUGAAGGUUCCACAGAUUGCUAGGUUGUUCGUCGAUAAGAUUAGAGAGGAACCGGAGUAUUAUAUGCCCAUGAAAAUAGAGGAAAUAAUUCAGGAGAAAUGGGGACUCACUGUCACGAGGCCGCAGUGUCAAGCAGCUAGGAUUAAGGCGUUGAAGUGGAUUGAAUUUGAAUAUGAUCACCAGUUUGCACGGCUCCGUGAUUAUGCGGCAGAGCUAAUUCUGUCAAAUAGUGAUUCAACAGUGGAGAUUGAGACACUGACAAACACCGAUGGUAAAGAAGAGUUUAACCGGUUUUACGUUUGUUUUAAUAAUAUCAAACAAACCUGGAAAGAUACAUGUAGACCACUGAUAGGGAUGGAUGGUUGCUUCCUGAAACACAAAGUAAAGGGUCAGUUUCUGGUUGCAUUAGGAAGAGAUGCUGAUAAUGCUAUAUAUCCAAUAGCUUGGGGUGUUGUCCAAGUUGAAAAUAAUGACAACUGGUUAUGGUUUGUGAGUAAAGUUAGAGACGACUUGGGGCAGAAGGAUGGCAAUGAUUUUAUCUUGGUUUCAGAUCGCCAAAAGGGAUUGAUACACGCUGUCAAUUUGGCGCUACCAAAGAUUGAGCACAGAAUGUGUGUGAGACACAUCUAUGGUAAUCUGAAGAAGAAACAUGGGAGUAAAUCAGACAUGAAACCAUAUAUAUGGGGCUUGGCAUGGAGCUAUAACGAAGCAGAGUUCCAACAACGUUUAGACAGAAUAUUCAAUUACGAUUCUGCAGUGUAUGAUGAUGUUCAGAGGAUGAAUCCAAGGACUUGGUGUAGAGCUUUCUACAAGAUAGGGAGUUGCUGUGAAGAUGUUGAAAACAACUCAACCGAGUCUUUCAAUAGCACUAUAACAAAUGCUAGAGAGAAGCCAUUUGUCCCAAUGCUGGAAACCGUUAGGCGACUUGCAAUGGCACGCAUUGCUAAGCGUUCUGCUAUUUCUCAUAAUCACAAAGGUCUUUGUACACCAUACGUUGUAGAUUUUCUCGCAGAAGAGCAUAAGAAAGCUUCACUAUGCACAGUGAAAAGAAGCACAAAUGGGAUGUAUGAAGCAAAGGUUGAUGGGUGUACUUACCGUGUGAGUUUGGAGAGGAGAACUUGCACUUGCAAGAAAUUUGAGAUUUGUGGAAUUCCCUGCGAGCAUGCCUAUGGCGUGAUGCUACAGAAUAAACUCGCUCCAGAAAACUUUGUCUGCCAUUGGUUUCGUACUGCUAUAUGGAGACGGAACUAUACUGAAGGUCUUGUUCCAGUGAGAGGUGCUCCGUUUUGGCCUUCCACGAGUGCUCCUAAUGUUCACAUUCCUCCUGAUCCAAAACAACCGGGGAAGAAGAAGAUUACCAAAGCAGAAAAGAAAAGAAAGAAAGGAGUUAAUGAAUCACCGACAAAGAAGCAACCUAAGCACAAGAAACGUACAAUGCAUUGUGGAAUUUGUGGAAAAGCUGACCACAACUCAAGGUUUCACAAAAAGAACCAGCCCUCUCAAGCUCAUUCUCCAGCUCCUUCUCAAACAGCUUCACCAACGAAUUGUCAAGCUUGA